ACUUGGAUUCUGGCGGGAUGGGACAGGGUCCGUGGCACGACAGAUGGUUGGGAGUGAUGAUGGUGAUCAUGGGGUUGUGUUGAUAGCCCCUACCGUCUGCCAUCAUGAGAAGGAAAAGGAAUCGGAGCAUACACCCACCGAGUACUCACGAGACCGCGGUCAGACAAACUACGUCUUGUUCCCGUCAGUCGGUCAGUCGUGGGAUGAUCCGAGAGAGCAUGACAUAUAGAGUACCGUCCCAACAAACGGAUAGCUACAUACUACCUAUUCACUAGCUGAGUAGGACGACGGUGCGAUAAGUUGGAUCAUAUGGGAG